AUGAAGGAAAUUGCCAAAGAUUUUGGGGUUUUUUUCAUUGGUUUGUUGGAAACCAAAAUCACUUCUUUUGAAAGAAAGGAAGUGGAUCUUCUUAUUGACACCGAAUGGAACUUCUAUUGUGUUCCGUCAGAAGGCUUAUCAGGAGGCAUUCUUGUGUUAUGGAAAGUCAAUGUAGCUUCAUUUCAAAUAUUAGAAUCCUCGUCACAAUUGAUUGUGGGGGACUUGGAGGUUCACAACAAAGGUACAAUGAGGAUUGCUUCAAUCUAUGGUAGCAAUGAUGUAUAUAGAAGGAGAUGGCUUUGGGAAAGGCUGGAAUUCUUUGCAGAUAAGGAACUUCCUAUUGUCAUAGGAGGUGAUUUCAAUUGCAUCCUUUCAAGUGAUGAUAAAAGGGGAGGGAAAAGAUUCCAACUUUCCCUUGAAUCCAAGGAAAUGAAGACCUUUCUUGCUAACAAUGACUUCCAUGAAGUUGGAUUUGUGGGUCCAAAAUUCACUUGGUGCAACAACAAGCAAGGAGCAGACCGAAUCCUUGAGAGACUGGAUAAAAUGUUUUAUAAAUUCAGCUGCUAUGACAGCCUCAAAUCACCUCUUUGUAAGGCACUUGGCACGUGUAGCUUCAGAUCACUGUCCGAUCAUCUUGAACCUUAUGGUACAUCAAGCUAG